AUGCCAGGAGCGAAGCUGAUCGUGGAGGCCCGUCACGGGAUGCAGAGAUGGCGGCAAUUCGUGGCCGACGAAGUCAGUCGAGGUGGUAGAACGCUGAAGACCGAGGUUGACGUUGUGGUGAGGCAGCGAACGAAUAUCGCGUGCCUCGACACCGCCAACAACAGAUUCCGCACGACCAACGAGUCCCGACGCACGUGGAGAAAGAGCGCCACGGAGCGGCCGAGGGAACAACAGAGUUCCAGAAACUAA